CCAAAGUUAGGGUUUUUCAAAAUGCUGACACGCCGAGCUCAAAAGGUUCGCCAUCACUGCCUUAGACCAUAAACUCCAUGAGGGCAGGGACUAUGUCUGUCUCAUUCAGGUUGUGGCAACAUUUCUGGCAGUAAAUGACCAGUAAAUAUCUGUUGAAAGGAUAGAUGGGGCUGUUCCAAGGAAGGGGGGAAUGAAUGGAUGAGUGGGUGUGAGUGAAUGAAUGAAUGAAGGUGAGAAUGAAUGUAAGGUGGUACUGCCACCCAUUAAAAACUGGGGGACUAAGUUCAGCUCAUUGGAGUUGGCCCACAAUUUGCCAACUGGAUUCUAAGGCUGGAGAGAGUUAAUGGUGCUGAGUUCCUGCUGUGCCCUAGGCAGUCAGAGAGGACUUCAUGGAGGAAGAGUGGGGAUGUUUCCAGCUCCUGAGGGCAUGUGGAAAUCCUGUGGUUAUCUGAAGAGACAGAGUCCCUGUUUGCAGGUCAUUAGGAAAUUAGAGUCAUUCAGGGGUGAUCAAAAGUGGUUGGAUUGAAUCUGAACUUCACCUUUCGCAACAAUGGGCUGGGCUCUUUGACUGGUAUGGACACCAGUCCAUACCAGGCGACCACCAGAUGAAUGGCACAGCCUUUACCUUCUGGGGCCUGCUGGCAGGGACCUGACUUGACACCUCAUAGAGGCCCCUAUCAUCUCUGACAUUUCAUAAUUUCUCAAGAUUUCCAGUGUAUCCUUGCUAGACAGGUAUGCAAACCAGUUGGGCCAGGGCCAGGCCCCCAGGCCAGAGGCUCAGAGACUGAAGACAAAUAAGGAAGGGGUGGAUGUGAAACUUAGUUAUUGCUUGGUACGUUUCUGAUGAAUGAGAUAGCAAAUGAAUGAAUUAUUGCACAUGAGUAAAUAAAGGGUUGAGUGGUCAGUAGAUCAUGGAGGUGAGAGCAGAGGCAAGGAAGGCUUUGUAGAGAAGAUGCUGGAGCUGGUAAGGGGCUGACCCUAAGUUACAGGCUUCCUCCUGGUCCCUCCUCCUCCUCCCCCCACAUGACCAGGCCCUAGCAAGUGCUAAUUUCACUUCCACAUACUGUCUCACCAGGGUUAUUUAUUAUAACUUGCAGCUGGUAGGGCAAGGUCCGUGUGGGCAGACCUUUUCACCCCCAGCUUGUCAAGGUCUCCCAGAAGCUCUCUGGACAGUCUGUCCAGAGUUUAACCUGCAAGAGCACAGCCAUGGUGCCCUGGGGUCCGGUGCUGGGAGCCCUGUUGGUGGUCAUCGUCGGGUACCUGUGCCUGCUGGGGCUUCUCCGGCAGCGCAGGCCCCAGGAGCCCCCUCUGGACAAGGGCCCUGUGCCCUGGCUGGGCCACGCCAUGGCUUUCCGGAAGAAUAUGCCUGAAUUCCUGAAGCAGAUGCGGGCCAAGCACGGGGAUGUGUUCACCGUGCAGCUAGGGGGCCAGUACUUCACCUUUGUCAUGGACCCCCUCUCCUUCGGCCCCAUCCUCAAGGAUGUGAAGAGAAAACUAGACUUCGUGGAGUAUGCGGAAAAACUGGUGCUAAAGGUGUUUGGAUACCAGUCCGUACCGGGCGACCACCGGAUGAUCCACUCAGCCAGCACCAAGCACCUCAUGGGCAACGGCUUGGAGGAUCUCAACAAGACCAUGCGGGACAGCCUGUCCUUGGUGAUCCUGGGCCCCGCGGGCCCGAGCCCGGAUGCCAGCAGCUGGCGUGAGGAUGGCCUCUUUCACUUCUGCUACAACGUCUUGUUCAAGGCCGGCUACCUGAGCUUGUUUGGCUACACGAAGGACACGGAGCAGGACCUGCUCCAGGCGGAGGAGUUGUUCACGCAGUUCCGUAAGUUCGAUCGCCUGUUCCCCAGGUUUGUUUACUCCUUGCUGGGGCCCCGGGAGUGGCUGGAAGUGGGCCGGCUCCAGCGCCUCUUCCACAAGACCCUCUCUGUGAAAGAAAACCUGGAGAAGGAUGGCGUCAGCAACUGGAUAGCCUACAUGCUGCAGUUCCUGAGGGAGCAGGGGGUAGCCCCGGCCAUGCAGGACAAGUUCAACUUCAUGAUGCUGUGGGCCUCCCAGGGGAACACGGGGCCCACCUCUUUCUGGGCCCUCUUGUUCCUCCUGAAGCACCCAGAAGCCAUGCAGGCUUUGAGAAAGGAGGCUGCCCAGGUCCUGGGGGAGGCCGGGCAGUCUUUCACCUUCGACGUCAGUGCCCUGCAACGCACCCCAGUGCUGGACAGCGUGAUGGAGGAGACCCUGCGGCUGGGGGCAGCGCCCACCCUGCUCAGGGUGGUGCACGAUGACCACGUCCUGAAGAUGGCCAGCGGGGAGGAGUACCGGCUCCGCAGCGGAGACAUCGUGGCCCUCUUCCCUUACCUCUCGGUGCACAUGGACCCUGACAUCCACCCCGAGCCCGCCGCCUUCAAGUACGACCGCUUCCUCAACCCCGACGGCAGCCGCAAGGUGGACUUCUACAAGGCGGGCAAGAAGAUCCACCACUACACCAUGCCCUGGGGCUCGGGCGUCUCCAUGUGUCCCGGCAGGUUCUUGGCCCUGAGCGAGAUGAAGCUCUUUGUCCUGCUCAUGAUCACACACUUCGACCUGGAGCUGGUGGACCCCGCCGCGCCUGUGCCGCCCGUGGACCCCCAGCGCUGGGGCUUCGGCACCACGCAGCCCAGCCAUGACGUGCGCUUCCGGUACCGCCUGCGGUCCCCUGAGUGAGCUCUGCCAACGGGGCCGCAAGCCUGGCCAGAGGGGUUCCCUGGGGGUCUUCGCCUCCUCUCGCCCCUCUGCAGCCAAGACCCCCACCGACUACUGCUCCCUGCGGCUCUGUGGCACCCCUACCUCUGUCCUGGUGGUCCUCCUUGCUCUCUUGUCUCCUUCUAGUCACCUCACAGGCUUACCACUCUCUCUCUAAAGCCCCCUCACUGUGGGUUCUGCAGGCCCCCGUCACAGGAAGUCCAGAGGAAGGGAUUGGGAGAUAACACAGGCCUACAGUCCUGCGGGAUAGAAGCUGGUCCCCACGAGGAGCUCAGCAUCUUGCCAAUAUGACCUCCACCCCCCACCUCUUAAUUUCCCCCCUCAAUACUAUUCCAUGUCUUCUGGAAUUCGCAUUCUAGAACCGUGUUGUCCAAUACCAAUACAAGGCAAGCCACAUGUGUAAUUUUUAAUUUCCUAGUUGACAUAUAUAUUUUAAAAAGAAAAGCAGGGGGUGGGGGGUGAGAGAUCAACCAAUGGACUUGUAUGUAUGCA